AUGGCUGUUUUCCGCACUCUAGCCCUUCGUCGUAUGGAGGAAGAAUUGAGAGAUUUUACCCUCGCCGAUGUCUUCGAGAAGCUUAGGAUGGAUGACGAUAGUUUUGAAGAAUGGCUCCGUUCCAUUGGUCUCCUUGCCAGUCCCAGAUGCAGCUCCUGUCAGCGACCAAUGACUCUCAAUUACUGCUACAGGAGAGAUUGCCGCUACGGACCAAACGGCAACAACAAACCAUUUGCGACCAUCUUGGGCGGAUCGUUCUUCAGCCAGUGCAGGAUUGCAGUGGUCAAGGUGUUCGCACUGUCCUACCUCUGGGUGAGAGAACUUGGCCUGGUUAAGGACAAGUCGUAUGAACUCGGGAUAGGACACACGUCCAUUGUACAAUGGGAACAGUACUUCAGAGACGUCUGCUGUCAGUAUUUCCGAAGAAACCGUCCGGUACUAGGUGGAUUCGGUCACGUUGUGGAGAUCGACGAGACAUGCGUCACUAAGAGAAAAUACAACCGAGGCCGCAUUGUUCGCCGACAUCAGUGGCUUUUUGGUGGGUAUGAAAGAGGAAGUGGCCGGUCUUUCCUAGUUCUCGUUCGACGACGCGAUGCCAGGACUUUGCUGCGGCUCAUUACGAAGUACAUCAGGCCUGGUACUACCAUCCUCAGCGAUUGCUGGCAGGCCUAUAACCGGAUAACUGCCUUACCGCAGCUUUACACCCACCUCACCGUGAACCAUCAGGUGAAUUUCGUGAAUCCGCAGACGGGCGCCCAUACUCAGAAUAUCGAGAGCCACUGGCAGAGAUUUAAACGGAUGGCCAAACAGAAAUGUGGCAUCAAUAACAGGAGAUAUGGCGACUAUCUGAAGGAAUUUCUCUGGAGGAGAAUGUUUGGCACGCGAGGGGAAUCUCUAUACAAUUUCUGGAGGCAGGUAGCGGAUCUUUACCCCGUCCCCUGCUGA